UCAGAGUGGCAAAAACAUGCUAUUCUGAAAAGUCAGCUCUCAGCCAACGACCAUGGUUCAGUGUGGAGAGGUCCUCAGCACAUCACAAACAACAGAAGACCAUCCCCCGCUGCCGAGGCUAACAACGCCCUGGCUGACGACCUGAACAGCUUCUAUUGUAGGUUCAAGAAGAACUCAUUCACACCUUUCCACAGCUCAUCAACAAAACAGUGAGGACCCUCUAUCUCACCCUCCCCCCACCACUCAAGCUUCAUUCCAGAUAUGCGAAGAUGAUGUGAGCCGAUUGUUCCGGAAACAAAAGAUCAAGAAAGUUCCAGGACCAGAAGGUGUCUCACCUUCCUGCCUUAAGACUUGUGCUGAACAACCGGCUCCAAUCUUCACAAACAUAUUCAACAGAUCACUGGAGCUGUGUCAAGUUCCUUCCUGCUUCAAACGCUCCACCAUCAUUCCAGUCCAAGAAACCCUCCAUCACAGGUCUGAAUGACUACAGGCCCGUCGCCUUAACGUCUGGGGUCAUGAAGUCCUUCGAACGGCUGGUCCUGACCCACCUGAAGGACAUCACUGGUCAUCUGCUAGACCCCCUGCAGUUUGCCUACCGGGCAAAUAGGUCAGUGGAUGAUGCAGUUAACAUGGGACUGCAUUUCAUCCUGCAACAUCUUGAUCACCUGGGGACUUAUGCAAGAAUCCUGUUUCUUGAUUGCAGUUUGGCGUUUAACACUAUCGUCCCUGACACUCUUUCCACCAAACUCUCCCAACUCACUGUUUCUCCUGCCAUGUGUCAGUGGAUCACCAUCUUCUCCUGCCACGUGUCACUGGAUCACCAGCUUCUCCUGCCAUGUGUCACUGGAUCACCAGCUUCUCCUGCCAUGUGUCACUGGAUCACCAGCUUCUCCUGCCAUGUGUCACUGGAUCACCAGCUUCUCCUGCCGUGUGUCACUGGAUCACCAGCUUCUCCUGUCAUGUGUCAGUGGAUCACCAGCUUCUCCUGCCAUGUGUCACUGGAUCAGCAGCUUCUCCUGCCAUGUGUCAGUGGAUCAGCAGCUUCUCCUGCCAUGUGUCAGUGGAUCACCAUCUUCUCCUGCCAUGUGUCAGUGGAUCACCAUCUUCUCCUGCCAUGUGUCAGUGGAUCACCAUCUUCUCCUGCCAUGUAUCAGUGGAUCACCAGCUUCUCCUGCCAUGUGUCAGUGGAUCACCAGCUUCUCCUGCUGUGUGUCAGUGGAUCACCAGCUUCUCCUGCCGUGUGUCAGUGGAUCACCAGCUUCUCCUGCCGUGUGUCAGUGGAUCACCAGCUUCUCCUGCCGUGUGUCAGUGGAUCACCAGCUUCUGCUGCCGUGUGUCAGUGGAUCACCAGCUUCUGCUGCCAUGUGUCAGUGGAUCACCAGCUUAUGCUGCCAUGUGUCAGUGGAUCACCAGCUUCUCCUGCCAUGUGUCAGUGGAUCACCAGCUUCUCCUGCCAUGUGUCAGUGGAUCACCAGCUUCCUGACAGGCAGGAUGCAGCAGGUGCGGCUGGGGAAAAUCAUGUCCUCCUCACAGACCAUCAGCAGUGGUGCCCCUCAGGGAUGUGUACUCUCUUCACUGCUCUUCUCUCUUUACACCAAUGACUGCACCUCUAAUGACCCGACUGUUAAACUCCUGAAGUUUGCAGAUGACACUACAGUCAUUGGACUCAUCAGUGAUGACAACGAGUCUGAAUACUGACAGGAGGUGGAACGACUGAUGUCCUGGUGCAGCCAGAACAACCUGGAGCUGAACACGCUCGACUGGAGAGAUGAGAGUGGACUUCAGGAGACACCCCCCUGCACAGUCUUCAGCAGCCCCGUGUCUACGGUAGUGUCCUUCAGGUUCCUGGGAACCACCAUCUAACAUGACCUGAAGUGGGAGCCCAACAUCUCCUCUAUCCUCAAAAUGGCCCAGCAGAGACUGUACUUCCUACACCAGCUGAGGAAGUUGGACCUACCUGAGGAGCUGCUGAUCCAGUUCUACACUGCAGUCAUUGAGUCCAUCCUGUGUACAUCCAUCACAGUCUGGUUUGGAGCAGCCACAAGGCAGGACAGGAACAGGCUGCAGCGAACAGUGAGGAUGGCUGAGAAAGUCAACGGUGCCUCACUGACCUCCAUUCAGGACUUGUAUCGCACAAGAACCAGGAAACGGGCUGAGAAAAUCAUCACAGACUCCACUCACCCGGGUCACAACAUGUUCCCAGUCCUCCUGUCUGGCAGACUCUACAGAUCUGUGUCCACUAAGACUGUCAGACACAAGAACAGUUUCUACCUCCAGACCAUCACCAUCUUCAACAGCUGAUCAUCAGACAUCCAUCAUAUACUCUAUACUACAGAGAACUCUGUCACUAUUAUUAUACACAACUGCAUUACUGAAACUCUGCUCUGCUGCUGUCGUAUUUUUACUUGAUAUUAACUGUAAAAACUGUUGUCAUAUAGUUUUUGGUAAAGUGAAGUACAAUGUGAAUCUUUCUGUAUAAACUGUAGUGUAAUGUGUGUGAAUUAUAUGUUUAGUGUCUGUACAGUGUUGAAACCAGAGAGUCACGAACUGCCGGAAACAAAUUCCUCAUGUAUGUGUGUCAACAUACUUGGCCAAUAAACCUGAUUCUGAUUCUGA